AUGUCGUCCGGAUUCGCCGAUUUCGACGCUGGCCACCGCGACCUUGUCACGGUCACCAAGUUCAACUUCUAUGGCAAUCGAAUUGUGACGGCAUCGUCGGACCAUCGUAUGAAGGUCUGGGACUUGAAGGAUGAUGAGUGGCAAUUGACAGACACCUGGCGCGCUCAUGACGCUGAAAUCCGAGAUGCAACAUGGAACGGCCCCUUUACAGGUCAGCACAUUGGCAGUGUGGGUGAAGAUAUGCGAUUCAAAGUUUGGCAGGAAGAUGUAACCCAACCGCCUAAUUCCGGCCGGCGUUUCAGGUCUAUCUAUCGGAUGACCGCGCCGCAACGGUACCCAUAUGUUUCGCUGGACUUUCGCAACAUCGAUCUGGAUACAUGGCUAGCCUUAAUCACGAGGGAUGGUUUCCUGAGGAUCAUGGAACCCGUCACCGCUGAUAGUCUUGCGGACUGGCAGGUUCUCGACGAAUUCCGAGUUUGUCCAGCACCCCAACGCGGAGAAGAGACCAGUUUCAGAGUUCAAUUCCACCAUGACCCCACUGAUAUCACGCACUCGCUUCUUCCUAGCUGGGAUCGCAAAAGUCUGUCGCUAGUUGUUGCUGCCAUGGAUACCGUCAAGGUAUAUCGAACCGACGCCAACCGUCGAUUUUACCACGCGAUUGAGCUGAGUGGGCAUGGCGGCCUUGUUAGGGAUAUCUCCUGGGCCAAUGGCUCGGUUCGGGGACAUGAUCUCAUUGCCAGCGGCUGCAGGGACGGCUUUGUUCGAAUUUUUGAAGUGUACACGUCAGUCGCAAAUAGCGGAUCACAGAGUGCUAGUAACCGGAACUCCGAACAUCAUACAGCAUCACCCUCAACUCGCCCGGCGGCCCAGGCGCAGUCAGGCAUUGGUUCUGCUCUUGCUAACCGUGCUCCUGCACUUGCGCAUAAUCGGCAGGCAGCCCAUAACUCUCAGUUCAAACAUUCACACAAGGAAGCCGCAUGUAUUGACAGCAGGCAUCUUGAUGUGUGGAAAGUAGAGUUCUCUUAUACAGGCGACUGCCUCAUUUCAUCGGGUGACGAUGGUACUGUUCGAUUCUGGAAGAAGUCACUGUCAGGUGAAUGGAUGGAAUACGCUGAGGCCAAUAUGGCAUAA